AUAGUACUCAACAACCUGCUACUACUACUACGACUACCUCUGAUGCCCGUGACGAUCACUGCUUGUCAGCUGGUCCAAAUGCUCUGCUGAACCUUGUGUCCAAUACAGUAGCGUUACACGCGGAUGCCAACAAUAGCAAUAGUACGAGUGCCCCUCCACAACAGGCAAUCCCACUUUUCUCUUAACAACGAAUUGGAGUGGGCCGAGUCCUUUUUUGCCCACUUUAAUUUGUUUUUCCCUAUCCUGUCGCGGCAACACUUUUUGCAUCAGCUGCAACACCGCCCGCAGGAAAUGGAUCCCUUGCUACGUUGCGCGGUUCUGGCCCUCGGUUGCCGCUAUGCCGAAACACAGAGUCACGAGGACGCGGGUGCCCAGUUCUUCAAACAGUGUCAACAGCAGAUUUCGAAUACAACAGCAUUGUCCCAUGACAACAACAGCACCUUAUCCACACUACAGGCUGUGGUGAUCAUGUGCUGGUAUGCGUAUCUGUCCGGCGACAUGCAAACGUGUCGCACAUACUUGCACAAGCAAGUUCAACUGGUCAAGGAUCUCAAAUUGCAUCGCGACCCAGACCUCUCCCUGGGCAUUGUUACCAUGGAGCUCCGCAGACGAGCCUUCUGGGUGGCCUAUGUAACCAAUCAAUGGCUUGCAUGCUGCACAGGCGGUCCAUUGAUGCAUCAGCAAUCCUACUGGGACUGCCGAUGGCCCCAACUCGAGGACAACCAGCUGCAAGCAAUCGAUAGCAAGAACUUGACCAACACUGUUACUUCGUCCAUCGAAUAUGCCCUUCAGAUAACUGUGUUUGCCGAAAUGAUCAAAUUGGCACGAAUUCUAGACGACCAUCAUCUCCACAGCGACAGUUCCCCGACAAGGACGACGACUUCUGCACUGACGAACUGGUUUUUGAAUUUGCCAUCGUACCUCGAAUACAAUCAGCCAACAGAUCAUGGUCCGCCCUCGCCCAUUAUUCGCGUGUACCACAUGCUCUAUUACACUGUCCAGAUCAUGCUGCACCGUGCGCUGCCAGAUACUUUGGGUGUAUGUAACACAGCUGCAAACACGAUUGUACACAUUGCGGAACAGAUGAUUCUUCACCAGCAAGAGCGUUAUCUCUACAACACGUACUUGCUCAGCCUCAGUCUCGCCACGUCGAUCCAUUUAGAUAAUGCACACAAGGCGCCGAUCAGUCUCGGUAAAAGCAUUCGCGUGUUCAAAAACGCCAACUGCACUCGAUUGCAGCAAUCCGAUUUUGAUUCAGCGAUCGACCAUUAUCUCAAGAGCGAGUGUCAUGUUUCGCUGGAGAACGAAGACGAACAGUUCACCCAACCGCCUGUGGUCAGCAAAAAGCGGAAACGUUCGACUGACGAGAUUAGCAACAAGAGCGAGGAUGGCACCUCAGCCAAUAAGCCAACAACUCUUACUAAAACUACUACUACACCGACGGUAACGAGUACCACCAAAGACCCCAUGAACGAACUCGACAUCAACGACCUGCUUGGUUUGACCGGAUUGUUUGAUAGCCCCACCAGCAACAACAACAACAACGGAAACGAUUGGAUCAAUAAUCAUGACUGGCUUGCAACAGCUGUGCCCAUGAUAAACAACAGCCACCACUACCUAGAGCCACUCCAUCAGCAUCAGCAACAACAAGACUUUGCGUUUCCGACUAUUGAAACGUUAUCAUCGUCCUCUGACUCUCUCUCAUCACCCACAAACUCAUGCUUUUCACCUUCCCAUUCGCCCACCUUGUCGUGUGACAAUACAUCCAUCGCACACGACAACAACAACAACAACAAUAACAAUAACAAUAACAAAAACAAUCAGAACGACCAGACACAGUUUUUGGCAACCUAUUUUGACGCAUUGCCGCUCGACAAUUAUGCCUGGGCCGAUUUCAUACCUGGUGAAAAUUUCGCUCUGAUGCAAUGAAGAAACCUUAUUCUCUACCCAUCAAUGUUUAUAUACGCGUACCACACACACAUACCUUCUCCUCAAAAUCUUCUAAAGACAUGAUACACACAAACACACUGUAUAUGGGUUUUUUCUAUAUGGAAAAAAAACCGGGCUAAAUUUUUCUUUUUACGAUACACAACGCAGGAAAGAACUUCUUUUUUAAUCAUCAUCAUC